UCUUUGUUGAAUCUUUUCUAUAGCUCUUUAGGAGGAAAUACUGGAGCAAAUAUUGCUUUGGGAUAUAGACAUAUGUUCGGACAUGGCGUACCAAAAUCUUGUAAAACAGCUAGCUAUUAUUAUUCGAAAGCAGCUUCUGAUGUUAUUGUCGAGUUUGAGGAUAGCAGAAUGCCUCUUAUUGAUCAUGUAAGACUUAAUGAUGAGAGUGCUAUUCAAAAUAAGCAAUCACAAGAGGAUAUUAUGGAAUAUUACCAAUAUUCUGCUAGUAAGGGAUCAUCUUCAUCGAUGCUUAUUUAUGGUUAUGCUAAUUUAUAUGGUAUAAGAGGUGUCGAGCAAAAUGGAGAAGUUGCUAGAAGAUUAUUUGAACAAGCUGCUGAGGCAGGAGAACACGAGGCUUUUGGCGCUCUUGGUAAUAUGUUCCUCAAGGGUGCUGAAGGUAUUCCAAGAAAUAAUGAGACAGCUUUCAAGUACUUUAAGAAGGGAGCAGACAAAAAAGAUCCAUCCUCAUUAAAUGGGCUUGGAAAGAUGUACCUUGAGGGAUCAAAUGAUGAACAAGGAAAUAUCAUUCUUGAAAAGAAUUUUGAAUUGGCAGCUGGAUAUUUCAAUAAGAGUGCAUCAUUGGGCAACUCUGAAGCUCAUUAUAAUUUGGGUCUUUUAUAUUUGGAUGGUAAGGGUGUAAAGAAAUCAUUUAAACAAGCAAUGCAACAUUUUGCGAUUUCAGCUCAACAUGGUCAAGUUCUUGCCAAAUAUCAACUUGCCAAUAUGUAUCUUCAUGGAUUGGGAACUAAUCCAAAUUGUGAAAUUGCUGUUAAAUUCUUAAAAUCUGUUGUUGAGAAGGCCUCAUGGACUUCAGUAAUGGAGAGUGCUUUUGAAAAGUUUGUAUCAGGAGAGGAUCAACAUACUGCUCUUCUACUUUACCAACAUGCUGCAGAAAUGGGUAUUGAAAUAGCACAAGCUAACAUUGCUUUCAUGUAUGACAGAGGAUAUGGAUUUGAGGAAAUUUCCAGUGGAUUAUCUGAAGAGGAAAGUGAAUUGUUAAAAUUCAAGGGAGCUAUCAAAUGGUAUCAACAAGCAGCUGAACAAGGUAAUGUUGAUGCGUAUGUCAAAGUUGGGGAUUAUUACUAUUAUGGUUCAUCUGCUUUAUCAUCUUCAAACUCUUCUGUUGGAAGUUUAGAACAAUCAUACGAAAAGAGUAUUUAUUUCUAUAGAAGAGCUAAGGAAUUGAACAAUGCUCAAGCAAUGUUUAACUUGGGUUAUAUGCAUGAACAUGGAAAGGGACUUCCACAAGAUUUCCAUUUGGCUAAAAGAUAUUACGACAUGGCAUCUGAUGCUGAUCCAGUAGCUUAUGUUCCAGUUAUUUUGGCCUUGGGUAAAUUA